GCGACCUCAAGGAAUAAAUCUGAGGGAGCCAAAGUUUUGUUUUGUUUUGUUUUGUUUUUUACUGGAGACCAUGGGAGACUGUUGAACUGAGGAUACAUGGGACACCGGCACAAGCAUUGGAUUUUGUCCUGCAACAUCUGAAAGCUACCACCCAGACACCUGAAGUGCUCUUUCUCCCAGAAGCAGGCUGCGAGCCAAGGGGAAGGCAGAGGACAGAAAUGAAUGUGUUCCCAGGCUUUCCUGGUGGUUUAUGGAAUUCUCCAAACUCCUAUACAAGGGUCAUUCCUGACGGAGAAGACCAAAGGAGACCAUCUCUGAAAUCAAGUCCAGAUGAAGAACUAAGAGGAAAAAAGUGAAUAUGGUUUUUGCUCACAAAAUGGAUGAAAGCAAGCCGCCUUUGGUCAUCCCCACGCUCCUGGUGCCACUCCAAAACCACAGCUGCACCGAAACAGCCACGCCUCUGCCCAGCCGUGACCUGACGGGCUUACGUGGGGAGCACGGCUGGAAGAGCAACAGAACGGACCUGCGGUAUGGACUGAGACCCGGGGAAGUGGCUACGGCCAGCAUUUUUUUCGGGGCCCUGUGGCUCUUCUCUGUAUUUGGCAACUCCCUGGUUUGUCUGGUCAUCCACAGGAGUAGGAGGACGCAGUCCACCACCAACUACUUUGUGGUCUCCAUGGCGUGUGCUGAUCUUCUCGUCAGUGUCGCCAGCACGCCUUUCGUCCUGCUUCAGUUCGCCACGGGAAGGUGGACACUUGGCAGCGUGAUGUGCAAGUUUGUGCGGUAUUUUCAGUAUCUCACACCGGGCGUCCAGAUCUACGUCCUCCUCUCCAUCUGCAUAGACCGGUUCUACACCAUUGUCUAUCCCCUGAGCUUCAAGGUGUCCAGAGAAAAAGCCAAGAAAAUGAUCGCCACGUCGUGGGUCUUCAAUGCAGCUUUUGUGACCCCUGUGUUCUUUUUCUAUGGCCCCAAUUGGGACAAUCAUUGCAACUACUUCCUCCCUGCCUCUUGGGAAGGAACUGCCUAUACUGUCAUCCAUUUCUUGGUGAGCUUUGUGAUUCCUUCUGUCCUCAUCAUCUUAUUUUACCAGAAGGUCGUGAAGUAUAUCUGGAGAAUAGGCACCGAUGGUCGGACAGUACGGAGGACGAUGAACAUUGUCCCGAGGACAAAAGUGAAAACUAUCAAGAUGUUCCUCAUUUUAAAUCUAUUGUUCCUGCUCUCCUGCUUUUCCAGAGGAGCUUAUCCCCAAAGCUGGUCCUGGUCCAGUAGCUCCAACACAUCUUGGUUGUUGCUUCACAGUGAGUUUGAGAAGGGGGCAGCAAGACUGGAAGGGAAAAGGGCAAGGCUGUGCCUACCUUAUCUGGCAAAUGACUCUGCUCCCACAUAUUUGGUGGCGUCCCCCCUGGGUAAUGUUGUCCUUCCUGAGCAAGGAACUCUGGCCCAAGGAAUCGGCGCCAGGCAUCUUGAGUAA